CACGGAAGUGGUGACAGAAACAGCGGGAGGCGGAGAGGAGCCGCUGAGCCGGGGAGACGUCUUCACCGGCGGUUUCACGAUCCGGUUCACAGAUGUUUUAACAUGUCGACGUGACAUUACAGCGUGAAACGGCCUGUUUUUAUCGCAGGUGAAGCUGCAGGUACCUGCUGCUGCUGCUGAUGGUGGUGAUGAUGAAGGUGUUUCGCAGUCUGACCCGUCAUGGCUACGCUGUGGAAGUGUCUCCGUUCAUCUCUAACAGAGUGGCCUGCGCUGCCUCCCAGUACUAUGGACUAGCUGGAUGUGGAACGCUCCUGGUCCUGGAUGAGACGGAGACGGGGCUUUGUUUGGUGAGAAGCUGGGAGUGGAGUGACGGUCUGUUCGACGUGACGUGGAGUGAAACGAAUGAACAUGUCUUAGUUGCCGGGGGUGGAGACGGCAGCCUGCAACUGUGGGACGUAGCCAAUCACAACGCUCCACUGAGGGUGGCUAAAGAACACACACAAGAGGUGUACACUGUAGACUGGAGUCAGACCAGAGGGGAGAACUUCAUCGUCUCUGGAUCGUGGGAUCACACAGCUAAAGUGUGGGACCCUGCUCUCAGCCGCUCGCUGACUACACUCAGAGGUCACGAAGGGGUCAUCUACAGUACCAUUUGGUCUCCUCACAUCCCAGGAUGCUUUGCUUCAGCCUCAGGUGACGGGACGCUCAGAGUGUGGGAUCUGAAGGCUGCUGCGUGUCGAUUGGCCAUCCCGGCACACAGGGCUGAGAUCCUCAGCUGUGAUUGGUGCAAAUAUGACCAGAAUGUUGUGGCCACAGGCUCAGUAGACUGCAGCGUGUGUGUGUGGGACCUGAGGAACGUACGACAGCCUGUCAGUCAACUGCAAGGCCACACCUACGCCAUCCGCAGAGUCAAGUUUUCUCCGUUCAGUAAGACGGUGUUGGCGUCCUGUUCGUACGACUUCACUGUCAGGUUCUGGGAUUACAGCAGGAACCAGCCUCUUCUGGACUCUAUGGAACAUCACUCAGAGUUCGUCUGUGGAUUAGACUUCAACCUGCACAUCCCUAACCAGGUGGUGGACUGUUCCUGGGAUGAGACGGUGAAGAUCUACACGCCCGCCUGUCUGUCCGCCGCAGCGCCAUAGAACACGGGUGUCUUUCUACACUCGUGAGGACCCUCUCGGACAAAACGCCGUCCCCGGUCCCUUCUCUGAACCUUAACCCUAAAACCGAGACCCAGCCUUCAAACAGCCCUCUGAGGUGGUGAGGACCUGAAUGUCCUGAAAUAUGUCCUCACUGGAAAUUCUCAUAAUAUCAGUAAAUAUCUGAUGAGUCUGUCAGUGAACCAAGGUAAUAAGCAGCCGCUGUGUUUCAGGUAUAAUUUGUCUGUGAAUGAGGAUAUUUUACACGGAUGUCAUGAGCGUGAUCCGUGACAUCCGUGUCACUGCUGCGUGUUCUCCUUCAUCUCAGUGACACUCAGUCAAACUGGAGAACAAAUGUCAGCUGGGACUGAUUCCAACAUGUAAAUGUCAUCAGUGUAGACAUGACAUGCUGUCUGAUGAUGAUCUGUGUGUGCAGUGCCUUCAAUAAAGCAGCAGAUAUCACAGGAACACACUGACAACGUGAGCAAAGAAACACGGAGCGUCUUCUUCAUCAGCUCGUAUUUUAAAAACACUUAAUGAUUAACCGUCAGUCUGCUCGGAUUCUGUGUGCAGUGUGUUCAGCUCUGAACACGUCCCUCAGCUGCUCACUGCACUUUAAUCACUGACUUUCAUUAGUCAUUUGGUCAAUAAGAAAAAUAUUGAUUUGCUAAUAUUAAUGCAGUUUAAGUCAAGAGCUGAGGAACCUGUGGAAUGUGGUAGGGCUGAUGAUGAUGAUGGUGAUGAUGAUGAUGAUGAUGAUGGCUUGGCCCUGCUGCAGCCAAUCACAGCUCUGCUGCUGAUGAUGCGUGAAAGGUUUCCUCUGUGCGGCCAAUCACUCUGCGGCCUCGCUUUCUCUGAGAACACAAAACCAUGAAGACAGAUUCUCUAUGCCUCUUCCUCCUCCUCCUCUUCCUCUUCUUACUCCUCCUCCUCCUC